CCUAUCUGCGGGUCUGGCUUCCGCUCCUGGGGGCGGUGCGCCGCUAUGGCAGCUGCUUCCGCCGCCCGCCGAUCCCGGCGCCGAGCCCGAGGCUCCACGCGAGCUCGCAUGCGGGCCCGCUCGGCCGAGAACUGGUGGUGGGACCGGCUGGCUCCCCGCGGCUCUGGGUUCCACCUGCUGCAGGCUGACAGCAUGCUGCUCGUGCUGCCGGGCCUGGAGCCCACGCGUGCCCGUGCUCACAGGCGCAUCGCCCGCCGUGCUGCUCGUCCAUCAGCUCGCACCACAGCGGCCGCCAAGCCUAGGACCAGACCCCGGCCUGAGCCGUCUGAACAGGGCCCCGACUCGGGCUGGGGAGACCGCAUUCCCUUAGAAGUCUUAGUGCAUAUUUUCGGGUUGCUGGUGGCGGCCGAUGGGCCCAUGCCGUUCCUAGGCAGGGCUGCGCGCGUUUGCCGCCGCUGGCAUGAGGCCACCUCCCACCCUGCGCUCUGGCAUACUGUGACCCUGUUGCCCCAACUCGUUGGUCGUUCUGCCAAGGGCAACCUUAAGGCAGAGAAGAAGCUCCUUGGUUCCCUGGAAUGGCUCAUGCCCAAUCGGUUCUCACAGCUCCAGAGGCUGACCCUCAUCCAUUGGAAGUCUCAGGUACACCCUGUGUUGAAGCUGGUUAGCGAGUCCUGUUCUCAACUCACCUUCCUCAAGCUUUCAGACUGCCACAAUGUGACUGCUGACACUCUGGUCAUGUUAGCCAAAGCAUGCUGCCAGCUCCACAGCCUAGACCUACAACAUUCCAUGGUGGAGUCCACAGCUGUGGUGAGCUUUUUGGAGGAGGCAGGUCCCCGAAUGCGCAAGCUGUGGCUGACCUACAGUUCCCAGACAACAGCCAUCUUGGGUGCACUGCUGGGCAGCUGCUGCCCCCAGCUCCAAGUCCUGGAGGUGAGCACUGGCAUGAACUGCAACAACACUCCCUUGCAGCUGCCUGUGGAGGCUCUACAAAAAGGUUGCCCCCGACUGCAGGUGCUACGGCUGCUGAAUCUGAUGUGGCUUCCUAAGCCUUGUGGACGAGGGGUGCCCCAGGGACCAGGCUUUCCCAGCCUUGAGGAGCUCUGCCUGGCUGGCUCCACCUGCAACUUUGUGAGCAAUGAGGUCCUGGGCCGCUUGCUCCAUUGCUCCCCCAACCUGCGCCUGCUGGAUCUUCGUGGCUGUGCCCGGAUCACGCCUGCUGGCUUGUGUGAUUUACCUUGUCAGGACCUGGAACAACUGUACCUGGGCCUGUAUGGCAUGUCUGAUCAACUGACUCUAGCUAAGGAGGGCAGCCCCCUGUUGACCCAGAAGUGGUAUCACACCCUGCGGGAACUGGACUUCAGUGGCCAAGGCUUCAGUGAAAAAGACCUGGAGCAGGCCCUAGCUGUUUUCUCAGGCACUCCUGGGGGUUUACACCCAGUCUUGUGCUCUCUCAACCUCAGGGGUACCCGAGUUACACCAAAUACAGUCAGCUCUCUGAUUAGCAGCUGCCCAGGACUGCUGUAUCUCAACCUGGAGUCCUGCCGUUGCCUUCCCAGAGGUCUGAAGCGAGCCUACCGAGGCCUGGAGGAAGUCCAGUGGUGUCUAGAGCAGCUGCUCACUAGUCCACUCUCCCUCAGCUAGUCUGCCUGACCCAGGCCCCUACUCCCCUUGCCCUACCCCUUUUUUCACUUUGUGAUGUUUGAGCUUUGUAUUCUGAUAAAAUAUUUUUAGGAGCUCU